AUGCUCUGGGCUGGCAGGAUGAGGCUGGGGACCUUUGGGAUCUUGCUAGUGCUUCUCCAAGCAUCAGCAGCCUGCGAGUUUGGACCGUUUCCUUACAGCAUCACGGGGAUCGUCUGCAGGAUGACGAAGCCCGCGGCACUGCUGUUGAACCAGGAAACAGCGCAGGUCAUUCAAGCGGCGUUCAGAAAUGCCAGAUUCCCAAACAUCACCGGCGAAAGGUCCAUGCGGUUUCUUGGCAAGGUGGCCUACGGGCUGACUAACAUCCAGAUCAACAACUUGUCCAUUGAGAAGAGCGAGGUAGAGCUCAAGGAAAAUGACGCCAUUGACAUUGCCAUUAAAAACGUGGCAGCUAUCUUCAAAGGGACCCUGAACUACGGCUACGCCGGGGCCUGGUUUUUGCAGCUUUUUCAUUCAGUUGAUUUUGAAAUUGAGUCUUCAAUUGAUCUUCAGAUAAACAUUAAUCUGAUGUGCCAGAAGGACCAGGUGGCUGCUGAUGCCUCAGACUGCUACCUGACUUUCCAUAAACUGACACUUCACCUCCAGGGAGAUAAGGAGCCGGGCUGGCUGAAGCAGCUCUUCACAGAUUUCAUUGCCUUUACUUUGAAGCUUGUUCUCAAGAGUGAGGUUUGCAAGGAAAUCAAUACUCUUGCCCAGAUGCUGGCAAAUUUUAUACAAGACCUAGCAGCAAAUUUUGUCCAGGAUGAGGCUAUCAGACUUGAUAUCUCCCUUGCAUCAGCUCCUUUAAUAAAAGCAAAUUACCUAGAAUCGCAUCACAAGGGCCUUGUCCAGUACAAGAACUACUCCGAUGGCUUCAGUGACUCUCUUUUCUCCCCAUCUCUGCUGUCUGAAUCCAGAAUGCUCUACUUCUGGCUGUCUGAACAUAUCCUCAACUCUCUGGCUUCAGCGGCUUUCUUGGAUGAACGCCUGACGUUGACCAUUGUAGGGGAGAAGCUGCAGGCGCUGUUUGAAAUUGAAGACACAGAGGCUCAGCGGAGAGCAGUGCAGAUGAUUUUUCAAGGCACCUCCUACAAUGAUUCUGUGGCCAAGGUGUGGAGUCUCACCCAUCCCGAGAUUUCUCUCCAGCCUGAAGGGACAGUGGUGAAGUCUUUGGUAGCUGUGGAGAUCAGCAUCCUUCCUCCAGGAAAAGAGACCCUGAUGGCUCUCUAUAUGGAGAAGGAAAUCACAGUCACUGUCCAAGCUGCCUAUGUGGAAAAGAAACUAAUUUUGCACCCCUUGGACUCCAGAACGGAGUUUAAAGCCUUUAAAUGCAUGGCUGACCCAAGCGGAAAGGACCAAUCCGUAAGAAACUUCCUGCAGAAAAUGAUCUCAGUCACUGGGAUCCCAGAAGUGAUUUCCAGGAUCGAACCAACUUUAACUUCACUGAUGAACAGCAAAGGGCUUCACCUAUUUGACAUCAGAAAUCCUGAGAUCAUCACAAGAAAGGGAUACUUAAUUGUACAACUUGACUUUGGCUUCCCGGAUCAUUUGCUUCUUAAUUUUCUUGAGAAAACAUUAUAG